CCCGAGAGUCGGGGGUGGGGGGGCUUUGUGCGCGGCGGCGGCGACGGCGGCGGGAGCGGGCAGCGGGAGCGGGCGGCAGCGGCCAGCACGGAGGCGGAGGCCGAGGGGGCUGUGCACAGGUCGCUGCGGACAGGCGUGAGAAUUCUGAGUGGAACUCGAGGACCCUGCUGCCCCGGUUGGACCGCCCGCCACAGCUCCUCUCUGGCACCAGUGGCUGCUCGACGAUCCCUGUCCCGCCACUUCCCCUUCCCACCCACCUCCCGCAGCCUUCCUCCUCCCUUCAGCGUGCCCGGCCCGGUCCGGCCGUGGCAGUCCUCGGUGCCGGCCGCCAUGGCAGAGGCGUCCGGCGCGGGGGAAAUCUAGUCCGGGGAUUUCAUGCGGCCUAGCUUGGUUCCGUCUCCUCCCCCCGCGGCCCCGGCAGCUGUCGGCACCCCAGCCCCAUUCCGGGCCUCCGUGUCUCUCCUGUGAUCGUACUGACACAGGGGUUAGAAUGGAACAAACUGAAGGCCCGAUGAGAGAAAGGGAAAGUUAAGGAUGCUGGAGCAGAACAAUGGAUUUCUCUUUCUCUUUCAUGCAAGGGAUCAUGGGAAACACAAUUCAGCAACCACCUCAACUCAUUGACUCCGCCAACAUCCGCCAGGAGGAUGCCUUUGAUAACAACAGCGAUAUUGUUGAAGAUGGUGGCCAAACACCGUAUGAAGCUACCUUGCAGCAAGGCUUUCAGUAUCCACCUACAACAGAAGACCUUCCUCCACUCACAAAUGGCUACCCACCAUCAAUCAGCAUGUAUGAACCUCAAACCAAAUACCAGUCAUAUAAUCAGUAUCCCAAUGGGUCAGCCAAUGGCUUUGGUGCAGUUAGAAACUUUAGCCCCACUGACUAUUAUCAUUCAGAAAUUCCAAACACAAGACCACAUGAAAUUCUGGAUAAACCUUCCCCUCCACAGCUACCACCUCCUCCUUCGGUACCACAAACUGUGAUUCCAAAGAAGACUGGCUCACCUGAAAUUAAACUAAAAAUAACCAAAACUAUCCAGAAUGGCAGGGAAUUGUUUGAGUCUUCCCUUUGUGGAGACCUUUUAAAUGAAGUACAGGCGAGCGAGCACACAAAGUCAAAGCAUGAAAGCAGAAAAGAAAAGAGGAAAAAGAGCAACAAGCAUGACUCAUCUAGAUCUGAGGAACGCAAGUCACACAAAAUCCCCAAAUUAGAACCAGAGGAGCAAAAUAGACCAAAUGAGAGGGUGGACACCAUACCUGAAAAAACAAGAGAAGAGCCAGUACUCAAAGAAGCCACCCCGAUUCAGCCAGUACUAUCUUCUGUUCCAACAACAGAAGUAUCCACUGGUGUUAAGUUCCAGGUUGGAGAUCUUGUGUGGUCCAAGGUGGGAACCUAUCCUUGGUGGCCUUGUAUGGUUUCAAGUGAUCCCCAGCUUGAGGUUCAUACCAAAAUUAAUACAAGAGGUGCCCGGGAAUAUCAUGUUCAAUUUUUCAGCAACCAGCCAGAGAGGGCAUGGGUUCAUGAAAAGCGGGUACGGGAAUAUAAAGGUCAUAAACAAUAUGAAGAAUUACUGGCUGAGGCAACCAAACAAGCAAGCAAUCACUCUGAAAAGCAAAAGAUUCGGAAACCCCGACCACAGAGAGAACGUGCCCAAUGGGAUAUUGGCAUCGCCCACGCAGAGAAAGCAUUGAAAAUGACUCGCGAAGAAAGAAUAGAACAGUAUACUUUCAUCUAUAUUGAUAAACAGCCUGAAGAGGUUUUAUCCCAAGCAAAAAAGAAUGUUGCCUCCAAGACUGAAGUUAAAAAAACCCGGAGACCCAGAUCUGUGCUGAAUACUCAGCCUGAACAGACUGAUGCUGGGGAGGUGGCCUCCUCACAGUCGAGGACUGAGAUUCGGAGACAGAGCCAGAGGCGGCACACAAGCGUGGAAGAAGAAGAACCACCUCCUGUUAAAAUAGCUUGGAAAACUGCAGCUGCUCGGAAAUCCUUACCAGCUUCCAUUACGAUGCACAAAGGGAGCCUGGAUUUACAGAAAUGUAACAUGUCUCCAGUUGUGAAAAUUGAACAAGUAUUUGCUCUUCAGAAUGCGACAGGAGAUGGGAAAUUUAUCGAUCAAUUUGUUUAUUCCACAAAGGGAAUUGGUAACAAAACAGAAAUAAGUGUCAGGGGGCAAGACAGGCUUAUAAUUUCUUCACCAAACCAGAGAAAUGAAAAACCAACACAGAAUAUAUCAUCUCCUGAAGCAACAUCUGGUCUAACAGGCUCAGUAGAAAAGAAGCAACAGAGAAGAUCAAUUAGAACUCGUUCUGAAUCAGAGAAAUCCGCUGAGGUUGUGCCAAAGAAGAAGAUCAAAAAGGAGCAGGUUGAAACAGUUCCUCAGGCAACAGUGAAGACUGGAUUACAGAAAGGUGCCAGCGAGAUUUCAGAUUCCUGUAAACCUCUAAAGAAAAGGAGUCGCGCCUCAACUGAUGUAGAAGUGACUAGUUCUGCAUACAGAGACACAUCUGACUCCGAUUCUAGAGGACUGAGUGAUCUGCAGGUAGGCUUUGGAAAACAAGUAGAUAGCCCUUCAGCUACUGCAGAUGCAGAUGUUUCUGAUGUGCAGUCCAUGGAUUCAAGUUUGUCUAGAAGAGGCGUUGGAACGAGUAAGAAGGACAUUGUGUGUCAGAUCUGUGAAAGCUCUGGUGACUCUCUGAUUCCUUGUGAAGGAGAUUGCUACAGACAUUUUCACCUAGAGUGCCUGGGAUUGACAUCAAUCCCUGAUGGAAAGUUCAUCUGCAUGGAAUGUAAAACUGGGCAACACCCAUGUUUUUCAUGUAAGGUGUCUGGUAAAGAUGUGAAACGUUGUUCUGUUGGUACUUGUGGGAAGUUUUAUCAUGAAGCCUGUGUCCGCAAAUUCCCCACUGCCAUCUUUGAAUCAAAAGGAUUCCGCUGCCCCCAGCACUGCUGCUCUGCCUGCUCUAUGGAGAAAGAUAUCCACAAAGCGAGUAAAGGACGCAUGAUGAGAUGUUUGAGAUGUCCAGUUGCCUAUCACUCUGGAGAUGCUUGCAUUGCUGCUGGAAGCAUAUUUGUAUCCUCCUACAUUCUCAUCUGUAGUAAUCAUUCCAAACGGAGCAGUAAUUCUUCUUCUGCUGUAAAUGUAGGCUUUUGUUUCGUUUGUGCCAGAGGGCUGAUAGUUCAGGACCAUUCAGACCCCAUGUUCAGUUCAUAUGCCUAUAAGUCCCACUACCUACUGAAUGAAUCAAAUCGUGCUGAGUUGAUGAAAUUACCUAUGAUUCCUUCUUCGUCAGCUUCCAAAAAGAAAUGUGAGAAAGGUGGAAGAUUGCUCUGCUGUGAAUCGUGCCCAGCUUCCUUCCACCCAGAAUGCCUGAGCAUAGAAAUGCCAGAAGGCUGCUGGAAUUGUGAUGACUGUAAAGCUGGCAAGAAACUACAUUACAAGCAGAUUGUUUGGGUCAAAUUGGGAAAUUACAGAUGGUGGCCAGCAGAGAUCUGCAAUCCCAGAUCUGUGCCACUGAACAUCCAGGGCCUUAAACAUGACUUGGGGGACUUUCCUGUGUUCUUCUUUGGUUCUCAUGACUACUAUUGGGUACACCAGGGCAGAGUGUUCCCUUAUGUUGAAGGAGACAAAAACUUUGCUGAGGGACAGACUAGUAUUAACAAGACCUUCAAGAAAGCACUGGAAGAAGCUGCAAAACGUUUCCAGGAAUUGAAAGCACAAAGAGAAAGUAAAGAAGCACUAGAGACUGAAAAAAACUCAAGAAAACCUCCUCCUUACAAACACAUCAAAGCUAACAAAGUAAUAGGAAAGGUACAGAUACAGGUUGCUGACCUGUCGGAGAUUCCCCGCUGUAACUGCAAGCCUGCUGAUGAAAACCCUUGUGGCCUGGAAUCAGAGUGUCUGAACAGAAUGUUACAGUACGAGUGUCACCCACAGGUCUGCCCAGCUGGAGAUCGUUGUCAGAACCAGUGCUUUACAAAGAGGCUAUAUCCAGAUGCAGAGAUCAUCAAAACAGAGCGAAGAGGCUGGGGCCUCAGGACCAAAAGGAGCAUUAAGAAGGGCGAAUUUGUAAAUGAAUAUGUUGGUGAAUUAAUUGAUGAAGAAGAAUGCAGACUUCGAAUCAAGCGAGCCCACGAGAACAGUGUAACUAAUUUUUAUAUGUUAACUGUUACAAAGGAUCGUAUAAUUGAUGCUGGCCCAAAAGGAAAUUAUUCUCGUUUUAUGAACCACAGUUGUAAUCCAAACUGUGAAACACAGAAGUGGACAGUGAAUGGAGAUGUUCGAGUUGGACUUUUUGCCCUUUGUGAUAUUCCUGCAGGGAUGGAGUUAACGUUUAAUUAUAACUUGGAUUGUCUGGGCAAUGGCAGAACGGAGUGCCACUGUGGGGCAGAUAACUGCAGUGGCUUUCUAGGAGUGCGACCAAAGGCAUGUGCAGCAACAAUUGAAGAGAAGGUGAAAAAUGCCAAGUUAAAGCAGAAGAGACGAAAAAUCAAAACAGAACCAAAGCAGAUGCAAGAAGAUUACUGUUUUCAAUGUGGAGAUGGUGGAGAGUUGGUCAUGUGUGACAAAAAAGACUGUCCCAAAGCAUACCACCUCCUAUGCCUUAACCUGACUCAGCCACCAUAUGGAAAGUGGGAGUGCCCGUGGCAUCAGUGCGAUGAGUGCAGCAGUGCAGCCGUUUCCUUCUGUGAGUUCUGUCCACACUCAUUUUGUAAAGAUCAUGAAAAGGGAGCUCUGGUUCCCUCUGCAUUGGAAGGCCGACUCUGCUGCUCUGAACAUGACCCCUUAUCUCCUGUGUCACCAGAAUACUGGAGCAAGAUCAAAUGUAAAUGGGAAUCACAAGAUCAUGGAGAAGAAGUAACAGAAUAAAUAAAUGGGUGAUGAUCCCCCCUUCCUGUUUAAAUGCAAAGAAAAAAGCAAGUAGAUAAUGCAUUCAAAAAGAAGAGACUGCUGCAGCGCAUAUAGCCUUUGCCAUCGGAACUGCCUUAUUAAAGCAAAAAUGGAAAACCAGAGUACACAGGCAGAAGCAGUUGGUGGUGUCUGGGUUUUGCUUUGUUUUUCUUGGUGUAGGGAUUCUUCUCUGGAGGGUUAAAUUCCCUUGUUUUUUUCUUGCCUUUUAUUGUGCUUCAAUGUCUUUGCAGCUAGGAAAAGAGAUGUCUUUGUUUUUAUUAAAGUAAGAACAAAGAGAAAGGAAAAUUUUGUUAAUAAGAUCAAUUUAAAGUUUAAGAUAUGUUUCUUGGUUGUAUAGAGCAAAAAUAGCCAUCAUUCCUUUAUUUAUUUUCAUUUUUAGGAACUUCAAGAUGUGUAGUUCAAAUAGUGUGUGUGUGUGUGUGUGUGUGUAUGAAGUAGGAAUCAGAGGAAGCCCUCCAGAAAUGAUCACCUUUAUAUACCUCUUUACUGAGCAGUAAGUAGGCUACCUUCUCUUUCCCUUCAGAAUGUUUUUCAUAGUCUUAGAGAAGGGCUGUCUGGAAGUAUUAAAUGUGGCCUCUUGAAAACAAAUGCCCUGGUGAAUUUUCUCUUUGGUCUUAAACCAGGGGGGCUUUGUGAUAUGAUAACUCUACCUAGAAAGGUAUAUAAUGUGUAUUUUGUUUGAUUGUUCAUUCAUCUGUUUAUUUAGGAGGAAGAAAAGGAGUGGGUGUGCUCACUGACUUUAAAAUGUUAUCCAUUGACAACAUUUUGGUGGAGUGCAUAUGUGGAUAUGAAUGUAUAGGUGGAAUGGCCACUCCUGUUAUUUUGACACACUGAUAAAGGCAGCUAAAGGGAGAUGAAAGGCACAGAACAAAAGCUGGACCAUAUGAGCCCCAUCUAAUGUCCAGUCUAAUGUUUGACUUGGAAUUAUGGAUAUUUUAUAUUUUCUGUUUUCCUCUCCUAAUCAAAUAUUUCGUUGUCAGCACCAUUCAGUCAUGUUUCCUGGUAAUGCCAUAUAAGUGAGUCUAAAUUGUAUUUUGAAUAGAUCUUUUUGGUUGUGUUCCUAAUUUGGGGGAUAGGCAGUAAGGGCAUCCCCAAGUUAUAUGUAAACAAUCUCUAAUUAGUAUUAUCCAGUACUUAAUUGUGCUUGGAUGGGCGUGGUGGCACAUACCUGUAAUCCCAGCAGCUUGGGAGACUGAGGCAGGAGGUUUGCAGGCUCAAAGCCAGUCUCACCAAUUUAGCAAAUUUGCAAGAAACCUAGUGAGACCCUAUCUCAAAAUAAAAAAUAAAAAGGGCUGGGGAUAUGACUCAGUGGUUGAGUCCCCCCCUCCCCCCCAGAUUCAAUUCCUGGUACCAAAAAAAUAUUGCCCUUGUUGAGUAAGGGGAAAAACUUCUAUUUUUACAGGGUAUGUAAAAGCCACACAAACACACUUCAUCUUAGGAAAUUCUUGGAGAAAGUUCCCAAGAAAGCCAGUGUUAGCAAAAUUGUUUGACUCUAAUAUUUGAGUCUUAUUGAUAAAAGUAUACCAAGUUGUCUGCCCACAAAAGUCACUUGCAUUUAAUUUUUAAUAAUGAAUACACACACACACACACACACACACACAGUAGCCAGUAUUCCUUGGAUAAAAUAAUUAUUGUUAGACUUUAUUGUAACACUGUACUAAAUAGAAGUCUAUGGUUAGCCUGAAUGAUUGUUAACUUUCUCCGUGAAUUUUGACUGUUUGCAGUUGCUGGUACCUGAUAGAAUUUUUUUGCCUUCAAGAAGUAUCUAAUUAACCUUAUGAAAAUAGGGCAAGUAGAUGCUCUACUGCAUUCCUUCAGUUGUGUUAAGUGUGUUCUAUUUCCUUAUCGAUUUAGAGCUCUUUUCUGAAAAGAAAAGCUAUUUUGUGCCUCCCUCCCUCCCUCUCUCUCUCUCUCUCUCUCUCUCUCUCUCUCUCUGUAUAUAAAUGUGCAAUUAUACUGGAUUCUCUCUUGUUUUAAAAAAAAAAAAAUCAAAAAAAAAAAAAGCAACAACACUACAAAUCCUUUACUUAAGCUCCUAAACUGCCAUUUGCCUGAUAGAAGCAAUUCAUUCUGAGGUGACUUAUUGGGAAUCCAAUAAUUCUGUUGAUUAGAUAUGAUCCCAAAAGAAAGAGGUACGUGUUAUCAAAUCUAAUUGCUACAAGUAACAUGAAAUGUAGCUCAUGAGAACACUAAACUUUGCUCUUGAGCAAUUAGAUGUUCUUUGAAAAAAAUAAGAAAAUUUAGGUUUUAACAUACUGAAAUUUAUUUUAUAUAGAUAUAAAUGUAUGUUUUUUUAAACUUACUAACACAAGGAUUUCUUUUAAUAUUCCAAAUGCAACUCUUGUUGAAACAAUAUCCAACAUAAAAUUGUAUCUUCUUGUUUUGUUUUGGACUUAGUGCUAUUUAAUAUCUGAUGACUUUUAUAUGGUAAGCCAGGGUACAUCCUAUAUACUGCAAAUACCUUAGAUUUAACUAUUUUUAUGCAGCAUCUUCAUUGUGUCACAUUUUGUUUUUAUAUCUAUAAUAGAGCUCUGCAGAGACUUUAACUUUUUUUAUGACUAAUAGGAUUGUUCUAUCAUUUCAGAAACCAAGGUAGAAAACAAAAUAGCUAACUGUAGCUCUAACACCUUUUAUGAUCUAAAAAGUGGUUUUAGUCAUGCCAGUGCCAAGGACCUCUCCUUGCAUCUCCAUGGUGUUAAUGUUGACCUAUUUAUCUAUUUUAAAGUCACAUCUUAUGGAAGCAGAAAGAAAAUUGUGUUUUAUGUGUGCAUAAGUAUACAUGUACUGUGCUUGCCUGGGCUAUGCCAGUGAAUAUUCCAAAAGACAUACGGCUUAUUUACAGUCUGAAGUUAGUAGCUAUUAACUUUUAAAUCUUUAUGUGGUCAGAGAAUAAGUGGAUGGUUUUUAUUCUUGUCCAAAAAUGAAAUAACUUACAUUAUGGGAUAAUAGUGGUGAUUCUUUUUUUAACCUCAUGUUAAUUCUUUGGAGGAAGAAGUGAACAUAACACUUUUGAUCAUCAGCAUAAAGCUUCAGGAAUUGGAUCAGUAAGAGCUAAAGAUGAAAUUGUGGGAAACCUUCACACGCACUGCAGUGGAGGCAGGGACUGGACCACAAUGACUAUGAGGAAUCAGAAGAGCUGCAUGAGGCUGGCAGAGAAGGAGGGGGAAGAUUGCCCUUCAUUCCUGUCAUGCUGAAGCAGCUGGAACCAGUGAUUCACUUCUUUAUUGUCAAAUCAGUACUGGAGAUCAGAGUGAAAUGGGGUUUAUUUUCAUUUUUGUUUUAAUAAGUUUCUGCUUUUUUAAUUCUCAAAAAAUGAUCUGGUUUAAGCUAAAGAAUAAAUAGGCUUGAGUUUUAGGAUCAUGGAAGCUUAGAGAUUUCUGUGUGUUCAAGUCAGGAACAUAUCUGAAAACUAAAAAGAUAAUUGGAGGUGGGUGGGGGAUUGCUUUCACACAGAAUUUGGCAACAUACCUGUAAAUAAUGUGGAACUGAGAUACUGAAUAGCUAAUCGUGUAAAGUACUCUUAGGUGGGACAGGCUGUUGGGCAACUUUCCCGAUUCAUGAAACAGUUUCUUUUUUUGAGUAGUUUCUUGCAUGAUAUGUUCCUAACAGGGUCAAACCAGACCUGCAGUUUGGAAUCAGAGAUGCCAUCUAUUCAGAAUGUAAUUUCUGGACUGUCCAGACCUGUUGUGUGUCUUUCAUUUUAUUUUUAAAUACAAAGGUCAUCUUUUAGCAUUCACCAUAAAGUCAAGGUGCUACCUGCCACAGUCACAUCCAAACAGGAUAAGAAAACAAAUUUCUUUGGAGUCCUUACAACUUGGAAAGCUUGUUUGUGAUGUAAUUUUACAUGAGGUACAAUGGCAUUGGAAAGUUGCUUUAUUGCUGGGCAGUACAGAGUAAACUUGAAUUACUUUUUACAAGGCUGAUAUAACUAGCCUCCUUCCUCCCACUUGUCCAAGUUGCUGCAGUGAUCAAAUGGAACAAUUUCCUUCAGCCUAGGGCCAUAUAAACUUGUCUCUAGUUAUUUGAAAACAAACAAAAAGUUUGUUUUUUUGUUCCAUUUUCAUAUGGAUUAACCAACAGAUAUAAGUAGACAGCUUUGCAAGGAAUUAACAAAUAUUGAAAAGUUGGGAAUUUGUAUAUACCAAAAUCUUACCAACUUUUGUCUGGGGUGGGGUACUGGGGAAAAAAAGAGGUUAUGUUAGGGUAAGGGAGGGGAAUGAUAAUGUUUACCACAGGUACGAUGUAGUCACUUUAACAUUGAGACCUCUACUUCAUUGAAUUCAGGUUUUUUAAGUACUUGAAACUCUUAAGAUUCUCCUUAUUUUAAUUUUCUUUUUUUACAUUUAUGGAGUAGAAAACUUUUCAUUUUGUAUACUGUUUUGGAAACAAAUAGCCUAGUCUCUUUCCUCUUUAUCUUGGAUUAAAGACAAAAUUCUGCAAAUAGGAGUGUGUCCACAGGAGAUAGCUCAGAUUUAUUGUGCACCUUUAAGGAAGAGACUUCUUCCUGCACGGGAUACUAGUCACAUUUUUUACAAAUAUUUCCUAUGUAUGUUCUUUUUGUUAACCCUAUCCCCAGACACUUAUUUUCUUUUACUAUAUGCCUAUGGGGGCAGGAGGGAUGCACUUAUGUUACACUCCUAAAAUGCUAUGUGUAACCCUUGUAUUUCAAAAAGCAUUUCUGUUUUUUUGUGGGGUUUUUGUCAGUCCAUAGCAAUUAUACUGGACUCCAAAAGUCAUUAACAUGUAAGCAUAAAGGGAAAACAGAAUAGCUGCCAAAGUCAUUAUUCAGUACUUAGUUUUUCUAAGUGACAUGACUGCAUCUGCCACUGAAUGAGAAAGCACCCUUAGCUUCCACUGCUCCCCUUCCCUACUGGCCAAAAGACUCUUGAUGUGUGCAAAUGGCUCUCAAGUACCCAUCAGAUUGCCUGUAUAAGGUAUUUACAAGGUAUUCUUGUCAGUUUAGAAGUGUACUGGAUAAAAUUUUUGACUUUGUUGUCAUUGACAUUAUCCCAUUUGUUCUGUCUACAUAUCCUGUGUUAAGGACCACGUUGCCACUAAAUAACCAAGAUGCUAAAUGAUUACAACUGGCUAAUUAGAUCAUUUUUUAUAUACAAGGAUGUGUGCAUAUUUGGAAUUGAUAUGAGAAAUUCAUUUGUACCCAUUUGAGUGAUAUUGCACAACAGAUACCUACAGAUUCCGUUUUCGUUUUCUCAUGUUUUUUAUGAUAAUGACCUUUGUAGAUUAUUUCUGUACUUUGUUUAUCUGUAAUAAACUUUGUAGAUCCUGUGAAAUGUUAUUUUACCUAAUCACUUGAGACUUGAGUCUUUGAUAACAAAAUAUCAAUAUUCACUAAAAGUCAAUCUCUUCUGAGUUUCUGAGACUCUGCUGGAAGCUCUUGACACUAGGGAUUAGUAUUAACUUUCCCUGGGGGUGUUCCACUAGGGCAUUACUAUAUAAUGACUUGAUGUUGCCACAUAGACUUCAAGAUAUAUAAUAUUUUGAGGAUUUUGUUGAUUGGCCUAUGUUUAAUUGCAAAGUGUGAAAUGUGCAAAGCUUGGUUAACCUGUAUAUAGUUCAUUGUUGACUAGUGUACUUAGAAAUGCCUGUAAUAUUUAAGCUUCUUACUCAUGUGUAUGCUGGUAGGAACAUAUAAUUUUUGUACAUUAUAUUUACUGAAAUGUUGCCUUUUUUAUUUUACAAAAUACUUUGGAAUUCAAAUGUGUUUUCUGCUUCUGUGAGGAUUCAUUUAGGAAGGUUUUUAAUGACAUUCCACUGAUUUCAGAUUUUGCUUGAGAUUGACUUCAAUAAAUUGUCUUGUAUGUUCCAAAUUAAA